AUGAGCCGUUUGGUCGUCCUCCUCGCCGUGGCUCUGGCCACCCUGCUGACCCUGGGAGCUGGAGGGCCCAUACAUGGACGGGGGUCCCGGCGCAAGCUGCUCCUCGUGUCCUUCGAUGGCUUCCGCUGGAACUAUGACCAGGAUGUGGACACCCCCAAUCUGGACACCAUGGCACAGGAAGGCGUGAAGGCUCAAUACAUGACCCCUCCCUUCAUCACCUUGACCAGCCCUUGCCACUUCACCCUGGUCACUGGCAAAUACGUGGAGAACCACGGUGUGGUACAUAACACAUUCUACAACACCACCUCCAAGGUGAAGUUACCUUACCACAGCACGCUGGGCAUCACAAAGUGGUGGGACAAUGGCAGCAUUCCCAUCUGGAUCACCGCCCAGAAGCAGGGUCUGAAGUCCGGCUCCUUCUUCUUCCCUGGUGGGAACGUCACCUACCAGGGCAUGGCGGUGACGCAGAGCCGCAAGGAAGGCAUCUUCCACAACUACAAAGACGAACAGGAAUGGAGAGCAAACAUCGACACAGUGAUGAGGUGGUUCACCCAGGAGGGCCUAGACCUGGUCACGCUCUACUUUGGGGAGCCUGACUCCACUGGCCACAAGUUUGGGCCCGAGUCUGCAGAGAGGAAGGACAUGGUGAGACAGGUGGACCGCACGGUGGGCUACCUCCGCCAGAGUAUUCAGCAGAACGGCCUGGCAGACAGCCUCAACCUCAUCAUCACAUCAGACCACGGCAUGACCACCGUGGACAAGAAUGCCAGCAACCUGGUGGAGUUCCACAAAUUCUCCAACUUUUCCUUCAAAAACAUCUCAUUUGAGCUACUUGACUACGGUCCCAAUGGCUUGCUGGUUCCCAAAGAGGGGAUGAUGGACAAGGUGUACGAGGUCCUCAAGGAUGCGCACCCCAAGCUCCACGUCUACAAGAAGGAGUCGUUCCCCAAGGUCUUCCACUACGCCAACCACCCCCGCAUCACGCCCCUGGUCAUGUACACUGACCCUGGCUACGUCAUCCACGGGAGAGUGAACGUUCAGACCAACAACGGUGAACAUGGGUAUGACAAUGGAUACUGGGACAUGAAGACCAUCUUCCGGGCAGUGGGCCCCAGCUUUAAGAAGGGUUUUCAGGUGAAGCCCUUCGACAGUAUCCACGUGUAUGAGCUCAUGUGUAAACUGCUGGACAUCAGCCCUGAGCCCAACGACGGCAACCUGAACACCCUCUUGCCCCUACUGAGUGAAGCUGUGACAGAUGCUGGUCUCCGGCCAAGCAGCCAGCCCCACUUGGUGAUGGGGCUGAUGGUCACCGCGGGCCUUCUGAUCAAGAUCAUAUAG